CGCCGCCGCCGCGCGCCAGGACCUCGACACGCUGCUGCGGCUGCACCACAACGCGCUCGAGCGGCACUCCACGCACGCCAUGAUACACCACACCACGCAGGAGCUGCAGUCGUAUUUAGGUAACGUGUUGAACGAGACGCUGGCACUGCGCAGCUUCGAGGCGACGUUACACAAUGGCAUCAACGCCGAGCUCGAGCGGCGGGACCGCAUCGAACAGAUGAAGGCGGAGCGAGUGGCCCGAGGUGAAUAUGCAUUCACGGCAGCUGACGAAGUGCAAGAUAAAGAUAAAAGAAAGAUUUUCCUUCAAUUCUUGGCUAGUCGAAAAGCUGAUUUAAAUGUUUGGGCUCGAACUUACAGGGGCCAUGUGACAACGUUGAUACUGAAGUUGGCUCUCCACACGGAGGUGUCGCUGCAAACGCUGGCCUUCCGGCUCGACUACAGUGACUUCUACAAGCGUGGCGAUGCCAAACUGCACGAGCCUCUCACAUAUCAGCACAAGCGGCUCAGUGAGAUUGGCCUCAACUUGGCUAGGAGUAAAAUGCUGGAUCGUUCCAAAAAGAAGUGACAGGUCGAGAAUGCUGAACCUGCCAAUGUGAAUAACUGCGUCCACUGGCUGGGCCUCGUCUGUGCCCGCGCUACGUAACCAGUUUUCCAGCCUUAAAUAUUCGAAUUAAAAUGCCCCAAUAAGAAAUAAAUGUACAAAUAUUCUCUCCAAUAAUGUCAGUUCUGUAAUUAAUAAGUAACACGGAAACUUUUUUGAAGUUUCAAUUUUUUCAUAGCCAUGUUUAUUAGUGCCAUGCUCUCUAUGAACUGAAUAACUAGGAUUUUGUUAAAUAAAAUAUAAUUCUUAAGAA